AUGAAAAACAAAAUUGAGAUCGUAAAAAGUUCCGCGAGGACAAACCGGAUCAAGAGGACGAUGAUAAAAUUCAAGUGCACAAAUGAACGGAAGUACACUCUGAUAACAGCGCAAAUUAUGGGAUAUGUUGCAACACCGUACACCGAAAAAUGCUUUAUGCAGAGUAUUCCGGUACCUCUGCUCGUGAACGAGAUAUUCGUUAGCAAAACAAUUUAUUUUCAUGCCUUCUUGCCUUCAAAUCUGCCGCCCUCCGUCAAAACGCUCCAAUCUUCGAUCAGAUAUUUCGUUGUUGUGAAGGUUUUUGAUGGAAAAGACGAACUUGCCAGUAUAAAGGGAAGAUUUAAACUCGUUUCGGACACCAAUAUAUAUAAUUUUAGAGAAAUUUACAUGUUGAACCAGAGCUGUUGUCGUGUAGGGAGCAAAACCUACGAGGGCCCUGUUGUAGCUUCAAUAAGAAGCAAGUUACACAGCUGUGAUCAAAUGAGGAGCUUGGCGAAUGUAUUAGAUAUGAAUACGGGAAGUGAGCCGUUUAGUACGACGGGAGAUGGAAAAUCGGAUCUGGAAUUAAAAAACGAUGCAGUUUAUGAGGUGUUCAAGGAGGGAACCAAAGAGAACAUGAAGGACAAGAGUCUACAAAAUGUGAUGAAAGAGCUGAAAAUUGGAGAAAAUAGGACAGAGGAAGAGCUCCUCGGAUACAAGCUUUCGAAAAUAAGCGAGCUGGGUCUGCUAAAUGAGAUCAAAACGGCUAAGUUAAAAUAUAAAAGAGAAAACAAGCCAAAUCUCCAUGUUCUACUCGAUAAUGAAAAAAAAGAGGAGCAAACAGACAUUAAAUUGGUCAUCAAGGAUAAAAAGGUGAAAUUAGCAGAAAUAAGAAUGAAAAACUUUCUUUAUACCAACGAUGAGAACGUGCUCGACAUCAAGUUAUUGAAAGAAAUGAAGAAAAUAAAAAUUGUGGUAAAGAUGAAGGAAGAAGCUGAAUACUCUAACAAGGAAGCAAUCCUGUUCAUAUUUGAAAGAGAGAACUUGGAGUACUUGGUACAUUUGAACGUAUUUCUAAUGCAGUUCGCACAAUGUACGUUCAACUCAGAUUUGUUCAAAGUUAAUUUUUUUAUUGAAUUAAAAUUCAACUCGUACAAAAGCAGAGUGCCCUUAACAGUGAGACGCAACGUUUUAUAUGAUUAA